CAUCUUGCGCUCGUUGCGCACAACCUCGGUAAAAGUCGCGUUUUUUGUCGGGACUGCCCUUCGGGACGGCCGUUCCGGUGUGGGGCUGCGGUUAAACAGUUUUAUUUACCAGCGGGAGAGUGCCGAAUGGUCGGUGGGACGCGUUAAAUGUGCGGCGAACAUGUCGAAUCCGGGCGGUAGCAGGAGGAACGGGGCCACGAAGAUCAGGCUUACGAUCUUAUGUGCCCGCAAUCUUGCCAGGAAAGAUUUGUUUCGCUUUCCUGAUCCAUUUGCGAAGAUAACGGUGGAUGGCUCUGGGCAGUGUCACAGCACUGACACUUGCAAAGCGACGCUGCACCCUAAGUGGAAUCAGCACUAUGACUUGUACAUUGGGAAGAACGAUGGCAUCACGAUAUCAGUUUGGAACCACAGAAAGAUUCACAAGAAACAAGGAGGUGGAUUCCUCGGAUGCGUUCGGCUGCUCUCCAAUGCGAUUCAAAGGCUUAAAGAUACUGGAUAUCAACGACUGGACCUUUGCAAAGCUCGUUCCGACGACCCUGAUGUCGUCAAAGGGCAGAUAGUGGUUUCUCUGUUAUCUCGCGAUGGCCACAAUGGUGCUGUCAGCAACACGGUUGGACAUAACGCAGUUGUCGACGUUCUGGGAGAUUUAAGCUGCCCUACGGACCUCCCCGAUGGCUGGGAGGAAAGAAGAACGCAGAGUGGGCGCUUGUAUUACGUCAAUCAUUACACCAGAACUACGCAGUGGAUCCGUCCAAACGCUCGGCCUAGUAACGCGAUAAUACCAACUACUCCAGAGCCACCCCCAGCACCCUCUUCGGAGCCUGCGUCACCAAGCUCUCCGGGUGUUAGUAGCCCUUCAUCAAAUGUCAGGAACGACAGUCCUCUUAGAGCGACACCUGACAGGAAUGGGGAAUCGACACCAAGCAGAACUCCCAGCAGAGACAGCUCUGUCCAGGAGACUCCGAGGAGUACCCCUACGCAGCAGCAAAACCAAAAUUCCACUCCGACUCAGGGUCAGCAGAGUCAGGCGAACCAACAGAAUGCUAGGAACACGCCACCUCCUUCUGCAGUUAGGGAACGCAGAACUCCUAGGAGCCCGGAGGAGCAGAACGGUAACCAGAAUGCGAGUCAAAAUGCGAACGCGAACCAAAAUUCGAGGCCCGAUAGGGCCUCGAAUGGAAAUCAAAUACGACGACCCAGUCGACCAGGCAGGAACAGAAGCGGCCCUCCUGCUUCUGGGGAGAGGAGAAGCGACGUGCAGCCUCCGGAUUUACCGCGUGGAUACGAAAUGAGGAAGACCCAGCAAGGUCAGGUGUACUUUUAUCACGUACCAACUGGCGCCUCUACGUGGCACGAUCCUAGAAUCCCCCGAGAUUUGCCGGCUAAUGAAUUAGCCAACGAAUUAGGACCUCUGCCCAGUGGCUGGGAGAUGCGCCAAACUCAGAGCGGUCGAGUUUACUUCGUGGACCACAACAAUCGGACUACGCAAUUUACCGAUCCCAGGCUGUCCAGUCAAAUCAUCGACAAUUUAUUAAAAAGGCAGACAAACAAUGCCAGCAAUAACACGAGUCCCCCUGCAGCCAGCAAUACGAGUAACUCCACUCCGACAAGAACAGAACAGUCUGUCCCUGCGGAGGCUACCUCACCUGUGAGUCCAUCGAACCCAAGCCAGCGAAGGGCCAGGUCUGAGGGUGCGAACAACAAUAACUCCAUGACGCAAGAAACUGUGCCUGUUGAAAACCCCCAAACAGUAUCGGACCUACCAAAGGAACUUAUGGAGAGCGAAUUGCUGCCUAAGUACAAGAGGGACCUAGUCGCGAAACUAAAGUGUCUCAGGGCUGAGUUGAACGUUCUUCAGCCACAGAGCGGCCACUGCAGGUUGGAGGUCUCGAGGAACGAGAUAUUCGAGGAGUCGUAUCGACUGAUCAUGAAGAUGCGGCCUAAGGACAUGAGGAAGAGAUUGAUGGUGAAGUUCCGAGGAGAAGAGGGCCUUGACUACGGCGGGGUCGCCAGGGAAUGGCUUUAUCUCUUAUCACACGAAAUGCUGAACCCUCAGUACGGCCUCUUCCAGUAUUCCAGGGACGACAAUUACACCCUGCAGAUCAAUCCCGAUUCCGGAAUCAAUCCGGAGCACCUCUCUUAUUUCCACUUUGCUGGGAGGAUCAUCGGCAUCGCCGUUUUUCACGGCCAUCAUAUCGACGGAGGCUUUACCACUCCUUUUUACAAAAUGCUGUUGAAUAAGGCGAUCACUCUCAGCGACAUCGAAGGAGUCGAUCCGGAACUCCACAGGAGCCUCACGUGGAUGCUGGAAAACAGCAUCGACGGCGUCUUGGAGGCGACCUUCUCCGUCGAGCACAGCAGCUUCGGGGUCUUGAAGAAUCACGAGCUGAAACCUGGAGGAAAGGACAUCGCCGUUACCGAGGAGAACAAGCGCGAAUACGUUCGACUUUACGUCAAUUAUCGGUUCAUGCGAGGUAUCGAGCAACAGUUUUUGGCCCUGCAGAAGGGAUUCCACGAACUGAUACCGCCGCAAUUGUUGAGGCCCUUCGACGAGCGGGAACUGGAGCUCGUGAUCGGCGGCCUGGGCACGAUCGACAUCAACGACUGGAAGAUGCACACCAGGUUAAAACACUGCACCCCGGACACGCCGGUCGUCAAGUGGUUCUGGCAGAUCGUCGAGUCCUACGGCGAGGAGAUGAAAGCGAGGCUCUUGCAGUUCGUCACGGGAAGCUCUAGGGUGCCUCUUCAGGGGUUCAAGGCUCUUCAAGGCUCGACGGGGGCGGCGGGUCCGCGUCUCUUCACGAUCCACGCAGUGGACGCGCCUAGCGAGAACCUGCCGAAGGCCCACACGUGCUUCAACCGAAUCGACAUACCCCAGAGCUACCCGAGCUACAGGAAGAUGCUCGAUAAGCUGACCCAAGCCGUCGAGGAGACCUGCGGAUUCGCCGUGGAAUGAGCUCGAAGCUCUCGCCGAGGGCGAGAUUGAAACGAAUCGUUCGAGAGGGUCGCGAAACUCCCUCGGGAGGAAAUGGUGCAAGGGAUGAGCUGAUACUCGACAGCCUUUGCCUUUCCCUGAGAUAAGGGACAAGCGAAAACGCCCAAGGCUCGUUUUCCGACACUCCGACCUCGGAAUUAACCCUUUAUUUCGCGUUUAAGAUGGCCUGAAUUAGGAAUUUCGAGGGCGAGGGGGAGCUCAGUCGAUUAUAGGCUAAGCUACGAUGUCUGCGGUUAGGAUAGUUAGUCUUCAGAGCCUAGAUUAUGGUUUCUGUUAACUCUUUGGAUGCUGCCAGGCUGAGGACUUCGAUGGUUCGAACCUGGGGGAAAUUUAAUCGACUGUUAUCGGAGGGAUUUUUGAACACUGGUUGGAUUUGGAGGCGACUCGUGAAUGGUGCCGGCGUCUGCAGGGGUUUUUAAUGCGAGGCCUGGCAUUAUUUACGGUCGCCUUAAUACUGUAGAGACCUUAAGGUCGAGGUUGAGAAUUAUCUUGAAGGUUUCUCGACCCUUAAUGGGAGGGAAGGGGUCGAGUGGUUGUUGUGCCUGAACUAUUCGCGUUGAAGAGUAUUGUACAUGUACUGAGAUUUUUAAGGGCGUGCCGGCCGGCACCUCGAUAUCGAUUUACCACGUAAUGAUAUAUAAUAUAUUGAUAAAUUUAAUAUAACGAAGCGAGACAAAUAAUUAAUCGUGUAGGAAUUAAUGCGCGAUCGUUUUGCGGAGCAGCUCGGGGCCGUCCUAGGAGAGCGGAAGUGCCUUUCGGAAAACGAGCCUUCGGUCGGGUUUAGGCUUCCGUUUCCGUUUCCGGCGAUUCUCCGGAAGCUUAGGUCCCAGGGCGAGGGACGGGAUUUCUCUGGAAAUGCUCGAAACUCGAUACGCUAUCAUGGAAGGCGCUAAUUUCGCGGUCUGAACAUCUCUUUAGAUACUACGUCGAGAUUUUCUGUUAAACUCGUUUUGUUAGAAUUAUUCGAGCCUAGUCGAAAAACCAUAACACCUCAUUAUGAAUAUUAAUGACAUCUUGCCAUUAUUUUUAUUUUUAAUUUUUUUUUUGGUACAAGGAAGAAACCAUUUUUAUUCAUUAAUUCACUUAAUCGUCGAAAGUAGACAGAGUUUCACUCCGAAUAUGUUAAACAACGUUCAGGUGUUAUUUACUAGACUUUGCAAUAUAAUUCAAGGAGUUUUGCAGAAAAUCUCGGCAAAGUUCGAGACCGUAGUCCCGCUUGCGGUUUCCCUCUCUGGGAAUGUAAAUAGUUUAGCGAAGCUUAAUGUAAAAUGGGGAAAAAAAAAAAGAAGGAAAGUAGAAGGGAAACUCGUUAAACGACGUGCCUGUUUCGGGUAUCUCUUUAACGAGCAUGUAUAUCGGUAUAAGGCGACGCGCAAAUUUAGCUUUAAUAUAAAGAUCGCAGAUAUUUAAGGAGAGAGAAUCCAUCGACGAUCUGAUCUUGAUCGAAAUCAUGCCGACCGUUCGGGCCCAAAUCAGGAUAAAAAAUAGUAUCUCUUCGGCAACGCCCAAAAAUCAAAAUUGCGCACAUUCGAUAAUAUGUCCCUUGGCAUAAGAAAUGGAGUCCAUGACCAUAUCUCUGUAAUUACAAGUAUUUUUAAAUCAAAUUUCAAUCACUCCUUCUCUUGUGCUAAACGACAUAUGUCAGUAUCCGAUUUUUGCGUGAUUUUUAAUUUUUAGGUGUGUGAUCUUUUUGGCGAGCAGAGUCUUUUGUCUUAAUCCAGAAAUAAAUAUUUAUCGAAUCGAUGUGCCGAAUUUUGGCGUUAAGUAUUCGGUGUCGUUCGCGCAGACUUUUAAAUGUACUUGGCGCGAAACUCGGUAGAGUACCCUGAUUAUUUUACUCGAAUGGUCGAGCAAGUUUUGGAGUUAUUGUUUUCGGAUAGUAUUGCCGUUUAUUUGUUUCCAGUUUCCUCGCGAGUUCGCAAAUCAUGUCGGAAAUUGUUCUCUCUCGUUAAUCCAAGCGAAUGCGAAUUUCACACAUCGCGAGUGGAGGGAAUGGCGUUUUUUAUUCCGCUCCGAUCGAGUUUAAUUUUAUUUAGCGACUAACGCAUAUGCGAAAACGCACCUUCGUCCUUGCUUUAACGGAGUAGGGAGGCACGGAUUUUUUUUAAUUCUCUAUUUAUAAUACCGCGCAUUCGUUACUCUUGUUUUUUUUUUUCUUUUACGGCGGUGCGAAGGAUUUCUCGCUGUGAUCGAUUUAUACGUAAUCGGAUAUUUUACCGAUAAGGAUUUAGAAUUGAUUUUAUUGCAAGAUGUAGAGCGUUUGUGAUCUUUUGUUUUAGAUAAUUUUAUUAAUUUUGUUUGUUAACUAGGUAAUGCUCUCUUUGAAUUUAAUAUAUUCUCACCGCCGAUUGUCGAAGAUAAGAGAUAUAGUUAUUGUUUAAAAUUAUCAGAUUGCAGGGAGGAUAUAAAAGUUUUUGGAAAGAAUUUUUUUAAUUUACGUUAUCGGGAAUCCAAUUGCUGCGUUAAUUAAGAGACAUUUUUCGCACCGCUGUUCUUAUACUGUAAUUAAUGUUCGCACGGUCUACCGUUUUUUUUUAUAUAUAUAUACAUAUAUACACACGCAUAUAUAUAUUAAUUCAACUAAUUACUGUCAUCGUCGUCAUCGUCACUCUCGCGUCAUCCUGAUUAUCGAGCGUAAUUAUGCGGUACCAUCCCUGUAGAGCGUUUAAUUACUUAAGGAAGUAUUUUUCGUCUUCACUGGUGAUAUCGGGAAAUACUUCCUACAGUUGGUGUUAUCAGUCUACCGGGAAUGUAAUAGAUGUCAGAUCGUCACCGUGGCUCUUAGCUGUGAUUAAUCGUCAUAUCGAAAGGAGAGUCGAGGAAUCGAAAAGUUGUAGCCUUUAUCAAUUGACGUUUGUCGCUGAUGACAGUUUAAAAUCACGACAUGUAUAACCGAGUCCGAGAACAAGCCAAUAGAUUCCUCGGUUCCAGGAGAAAGUUCCACUUUCCCCUGGUCCGAAGGAAUUAUAGACUUACUGGAAACCAAUGGAUAUUCCGUAUUUACUGCACAAUUCGCUGUUUAGUGGUUGUUUAAAACUAGCCAAACGGAUUUUUUCUUCUCCAUCGAGGAAGAAACGUAAUUGGUUAACUGAGAUCAGCGUCCACGGCUUAAGUAGAUUUAAAGACAGGAAGUAUAGCGCCGUCUAGCGAGCCUCUCUGGCUGCGGCGUGAUGACGUCACGUGGAAUCCAGCCAAUGAGAGCGCUCGCUUUCCGUUGGGUCGAAUCGACCGACGCCGUAGUAACCGCCUCUCCUCGUCUUUAUACUCUUCGUUCCAUCCCCUCGAAAUAUUAGUGGAACUAGGAACGCCCGAUCGCCGGUCGCGUUACCGGAAUCUCUAGUACAAAGAAGACGAACGAUCGAGAGUCGCGCCCAACGUCCGACAUUUUCCAAAAGUGCCUUGGACGAGUCGGCGGCGAUUGGCAGGGCGUCUAGGCGCAAAAUUCAAAGGCGACCCUAUUAACCGCGCGAGUUCACGUUGCAUUUGCUUCGAGGUAAUGUAUCCGAAAUUUCACGAAUGUGAGAGUACUUUCCAAUUGUUAGAUUACAUCUCGUGUAGCCUAACAAGAGGAGAAGUGAGAAAAUCUAGGUUUCGUUAGAUAUUGGUUGUAAAUUAAUUGUUUGCCGCGCUGGGCACGCGCGAGGAGAGCUCUUCUCUCAUUGGCCAGUCAGCGUCACGUGACGCGGCCUUGGGCGCCAUUUUGAAAUCCUGGAUACUAUCUCGCGUUAGCGCUUUUAAAAAGACGCCGCGGAAUUCCCUCGACGCCCUCCGUGCACCCGUGAACAUAUCCGAGAGAUUUGUUAAAGUUGUCCAGAAGGCGGCCAAUAGGAAUCGUUGGCUCUCUUCUCUUGUCUCUCUUUUUUUUUCUCCCUCUCCCCUCGCGCCGUGGCACGCCGAAGAGUAAUCACGAAACUGUUAUCUCUAUUAUCAGUUAGGGGCUGUCCACGGUAGUCACCAGUAUAAAUUGUAAAGUAUACAAAUCUUAAGUCAUACGACUUGGUAGACGUAAGUUUAUGAACAAAGGGUUAACAUGAGCUGGAUAAUGUUCUCAAAUUUCGGGUUUCUCGGCUGUCUUUUUUCCUUUUCCAAAUUUCACUUCAAAACUACUUUAUGGUGUUUCAAUCCAAUUUUCAAUUCAACAUUGUACGUUACAGCGUGGAUUAUUUAUUUACAGAAAAUUUCUCCGGUUUCCAAUUUUACUCUUUAACAAGAUCGGUGACUUGUGGACGGCAAUGUCUUCAGGCCACGUUAACUCGUUACACAUAUAUAAUAUAUAUAUUAUAUAUGCACAAUAUAUGUUGUAUAUAUAAUAUACAAACACACGUAAACACGAUAUCAUCGCGCGGAACGCUCGAGCAACGACAAUUAUUGUACAUAGACCCUUUCCUUUUGUAUUUUGGAUGAAAUGUAUAUUUUAAUAAAAUAUCCAAAACCACGAGGUAGAUGGAAAGUGA